AUGGAAAAUCCACUAGAACUUUGGGAUGCUUUACAACAUAGAUAUGAUCACCGGAAAACGGUGUUACUUCCAAAGGCUAGAAACGACUGGAAGAAUCUUAGAUUCUUGGAUUAUAAGUCGGUGGAUGAGUACAAUUCAGUCUUAUUUAAUACGGUCUCGAUGCUGAGACUUUGUGGUGAAGUAGUAACCGAAGAAGAGUUACUUGAGAAGACUUACUCUACAUUCCAUUCAUCGAAUGUGAUACUGCAACAGCAGUACAUAAUGAAAGGCUGCGCCACAUAUACUGAUCUGAUCUCGUGCCUGCUUCUGGCCGAGGCAAAUAAUGACCUCCUGACGAAGAACAGUGAAGCUAGACCUGUUGGAACAGCACCAUUACCGGAAGCUAAUGAGGUUGAAAAGAAAGAACCCAACGAGUUCAAUUACGUCCAAAACAAUAAGAGAUCACACGGCAAUGGCCGUGGCAGUGACAAUUACGCGAAGAGCCGAGACAACUACUCGACCGGCCGGAAAGGAAACCACAAUAACCGUGGUCGUGGUUCCAAUUAUGGCUGUGGCCGAGAUCAGUAUAAUGAGAGGCAAGAGCCGUGGUGA